AUGAGUUCUAAAAGAACACCUGCGCGUAGCAUCUCUACUGCUGUGUCUCCAGUACUACACAACAGGCGGGAAGAGGGUGACUGGAAAAGCACUAUGAAGUGUUUCAGGGAGGAAGUUCAGCGACUAAAGGAAGAGGGCGAUAGUCUACGGUCCACCAACACUGAUCUGGCAUUGCUCCUGCGGAAGGUUUCUGAACAAAUGGAAUUACUGAAUGACGAAAAUCACUUGUCUCUUCGUGUCAUGGUAACAAUGUUGGAUGACGAGCGGCAAAAAGUGAUAAAUGCCGAGAAGGAAAAAGAAGAAUUGUUGCAAAAGAUCAAAGAAGCUGAAGAAAGGUGCACCCUGCAAAAAGAUGAAAUAAUUCGACUUGCUGGGGUUGUAGAGGAGGAACAAGCUAAAAAUAGUUCUAUUCUGAUGCUACAAGAGAAGUUACUAGCAGAGAAGGAUGCCAAGUUUCAGUUGGAACUUAGUCUUCAGGAGAAACGUCUAGAGGAGAUACAGCAUGACCUUAGGCAACAAGUCGAACGACACGAAGCGACUCUUGUUGCCAAUAAUAAAAUAGUGGAAGAAGAGAGACUUCAAUGGGAAAAACAGCAAGUAGCAUACGAAGAGAAGAUAUCUCGUCUUCUGCGACAGGUAAAAAAAAGGGGACGUGCGCAUCGACAAUCACCAGAACCAGAACUAGAACCAGAACCAGAAGAAACUGAUCUUCAUAUCGAGGUCGAUGAACCCCCUUUUUCACCCAUAUCCUUUUCUGAAGUUGCCGAUGAAGCUCUGACACGAAACGCCUCCAAGAAGAGUCGAUUAGAGGCGGCUCGACAACAACGACGAGUUUUUGAACGACGCCGAGAGAAUGCUACACUUAUUUCGCUUACCAAGCUGAAUGACCUUAAAGAAAACCUCCACCUGUAG